CAGGACGCGCGCGGGGGGGCGGGGAGAGCCCGCGAGGCGCAUGCGCUCUGCGGGGCCCGCCGCUCUGGAGUCGCAGCUGCCGGUGCCGCCGUUGCCGCCUCCCUGCCGGCGAGUGAGCGAAAGAGGAGCCGAGGGCCGCCGCCGCCGCCAUGGGGAGAAAGUCCAGCAAAGCGAAGGAGAAGAAGCAGAAGCGGUUGGAGGAGCGAGCGGCUAUGGAUGCCGUCUGUGCCAAAGUGGACGCUGCCAACAGGCUUGGAGAUCCUCUGGAGGCAUUCCCAGUGUUCAAGAAAUACGACCGGAAUGGGUUGAAUGUCUCCAUUGAGUGUAAGCGGGUGUCUGGACUGGAGCCGGCCACUGUGGAUUGGGCCUUCGACCUGACCAAAACAAAUAUGCAAACCAUGUAUGAGCAAAGUGAGUGGGGCUGGAAGGACCGAGAGAAGCGUGAAGAAAUGACAGAUGACCGGGCCUGGUACCUCAUCGCUUGGGAAAACAGUUCGGUUCCUGUUGCCUUCUCUCAUUUCCGAUUUGAUGUGGAAUGCGGGGAUGAAGUCCUGUACUGCUACGAAGUGCAGUUGGAAAGCAAAGUGCGGCGGAAAGGCCUGGGGAAGUUCCUCAUUCAGAUCCUGCAGCUCAUGGCCAACAGCACACAGAUGAAGAAGGUGAUGCUAACAGUGUUUAAGCACAAUCAUGGAGCCUACCAAUUCUUCCGAGAAGCGCUGCAAUUUGAAAUCGACGACUCGUCCCCUAGCAUGUCUGGUUGCUGUGGGGAGGACUGCUCCUAUGAGAUCCUGAGCCGGAGGACCAAGUUUGGGGACAGCCAGCACUCCCACCCGGGGGGGCACUGUGGUGGCUGCUGCCACUGAGCUCCCGGACCACGAGCGAACACAGAUGCUGCCUCCGGCGCCUGCCUCUCCUGCAGCCCCGCCUGUGCCAGGCGGCGCCGCGAGCGCACGGGACCCUGGGGAGCAGCGGUCCACGCCACCUGCCGCCGUCCUCCCGGUAGAGCAUAGUGCCAGGCAGGGCUGCAAGGACCCGCCAGAGGGGCUGGCAGGGCGGCUGCGCAGCUCACCCUCGCCCGGGACCGGCACUCGGCACCACGCCCAUCCCCCGCGCUAUGCAGCCGGGUUCCUGGCAGUCCCCCCACCCGGCUCAGACAGUGGAACGUUCAUACCGUGUCUUUGACAUUCCUGGAGGCCUGCUGGCACCCACAGAAGGUCUGGCAUGGGUGCGGGCUCGGGGUGACACCGUGGAGGAACUGAGCACUUUGGGAGAUGCCCUGCAGCCCCCCUGCCGACAUGCGGGGAGCACCUCCUAGCCAUGUUCUUAGGGAUCCGCUCCUCAGAGUGCAGUUGUCUCAAGGGACCUGCCGGGCCAGGGCAGGCUGUCCCGCCAUCCUGUCACCGACCCCCGAGGAGGCCUCUGCCCUCUGCCGUGGGGACCACUGCUUCCCUGGGCCUAGGGACUUCCCUGCCUCUGAACUUAACGUCAUCUCCUGACAGCGAUGGAGCGCCUGGGUGCGCCUGCGCUCCCCCUGCCCUGCAGCCCUGCCGAGGCCGCACCUGGCACCUCUGGUCUUAGUGUCUAGGGGAGUCACAUCAGGGAGCCCUCCUCUUCCCCCAGAGGACCCCGCAGUCCUCCUAGAGCUGCGCUGUUUCCGCUCGCCUCUUGGUGCUGAUAGCUCGCUGGAGCUCUUCCUCUCGAGAGCCCCUCUGCCUGGGCUCCCCAGCCUUGCCCCCGCCUCAGCGAGGCUCUGGUGCUGCCCCGCACGCUCGGCCCCAGCAGGACGGCCCUUCGUGGCGCUCAGUCGCUCUCCCUCGCUGGGCCAUCCGCUGGCAGGGAGAGGAAAGCCCCUCUUCUCCAGCGAUGAGGAAGGGGUGGGCUCAGAACUCAGCCCCACCCUGCUCUCUAGGCCUUGUUCUUCUGCCCAGGAAGCAAAACCAAAUCCUCGCCCAGGAAGAAGCCCUUGACACCCAACCUCAACACCCUCGAGCUCUGCCUCUCUCAGGGUGUGGUGAAGCCUCACGCUGUGCACUUACUCUCCUGGGGUCUGUGGGUCUUCCUGCCCUCAGUCUCCCCCAUCCUCUGCCCUGACCUAGGCUGUCUUGUCCUGCCAGCCCUUGCUUCUCCCCUGGAUCCCCAUGUAUGCAGGAGCCAUGCACACAGAGCCUCCCGAGCCCCGCCUGGCCUCUGCGCGCACACCGAGCUGCUCUCAGCCUGACCAGCGUGGGGCCCCCCCUUAGAGGGCCCACAGCCUUACCCGCUGGCUCCUGGGGAUUCUCUGUGGGGGAGAGCUGCGGCUGCUGGAGGGGGUGGGUAGACAUCUUCCAAGCAUGAUGACACAAAAGGAGCAUGGAGAGCAAGUUCUUCCACUCAUCUUUUAAAAGACACCAAUCAGCGGGGCACGAGCGGCUCCCGCCUGAGUCCUAGCCACUCAGGAGGCUGAGCUCUGAGGAUCGUGAC